UGUGCGCACUACACUACAGUAGGCUAGUCCAGAGAGACAAGAGAGCAGACACCGUCAGCGAUCCAGUGCCACGGAGAAACAAAAACCUUGACGCGUUUAUAAAACCGUCAAGUUAAUAACMGAUCUGUUGAAUUUAGGAGAUGGUGAUCUCAUAUUCUUGGCAGAUCGUCUAACCGCCCUAGAGAAGCCAUGAGUGGGGUCCUGAAGAGGAAGUAUUCCGAGGUAGAAGAGGAGGACCCUUGCUACUCCUCCCCUUCUUCCUCCGCCUCCUCCUCCUCCCCCUCCUCCUCCGCCUCCUCGGAAUGGGAGUCGGAUGAGGAGAGCUGCAACAGUGACAACCAAGACUUCACCCCUGCCUCACCUACCUCCCAUCUACCCAUCCGCUCCAUCCUGAAGAGCCCAAAACUUUCCCAUGACAACAGCGGCCAUAGCAACAGCGUUGUCUUCAACCAGGUGACGGUGUUCCUGUUCCGGCGUUGCCAGGGUUUCACCAGCGUUCCGAGGCGCGGCGGUGCCACCCUGGGCAUGGUGAGGAAGCACAGCGCCCUCCGGAGGUACACACUGGCAGAGCACACCCAGGAGAGACGAAGGAGGCGCAGGGAGAGACUCAGAGAUAGACUGAGGGAGGAGAGGCUGGAGACACUCAGACAGAGACUGACAGCCAGUGGCAUUAUGGACCAGGAGGAGUUAGAUCACCUCACCAUCGACCAGGUGCCAGACGAAGACAUCGAGACCCACCUUCCUGCGGCUGACCUUGAGGAUGGGGAAGAGGAUGGGGGUGACGGUGGGUUCCUGUACCCCUACGCUUCCCGCCAGAGACAGGCUCUACUCCGGACGGCGGGGGUGAGGCACAUCGACCGGGAGGAGAAGAGAGAGCUCCAUGCUCUGAGGAAAUCCCGAGAGGACUGUGGAUGUGACUGCCAGGGAUUCUGUGAACCUGAGACCUGCGCCUGUAGUCUGAACGGGAUCAAGUGCCAGAUGGAUCGCUCCAACUUCCCUUGCGGCUGCACCAAGGAUGGCUGUGGGAAUACUAACGGUCGCGUGGAGUUCAACUCCAGACGGGUCCAGACCCACUACAUACACACUGUCAUGAGGCUGGAGCUGGAGAGGAGACUGCAAGAUGAGAUACUAACCCAGAGGAGAGACCCAGAGGAGAACAAAGAAGAGCUCCAGGAGCUCCAGGACCAGGGGCAGCAUCAGCAGGACAGUGCCCAGGAGGGGAGAUGCCCCUUCGGGUUCACCCUGGAAGAAGAGGGUCUCCCUCUCUCCAUCCCCACCACCCCUACCUUCCACUUCAGCUCUGAACUGUGUGAGGUUGGGGAGAAUAGUUGCUGUAGUGACAUGACCGACUCGUCCGGCGUCUCUGCCCAGAGCGAGGACUCCGACGUGGGAGGAAGCCCUCGAGAGCACCAGCCUCUCUUGGAUGUGGACGAUGGAGGUCUGGCUUGUGUCCUCAGCUUCUGUGACUCUGACAAUGAGGACUGCUCCAUGGGCAGUGAAAGUGACACAAAGCCAGGGAGACAACCAUCGCCACACCUUCCCCAGUGUGUCAGCAGCUUCGACACGUCGUACGGUCUCUGUAAAGACACCACAGCCAGCCUCGGCCUGUCCAACGCACCCAGUUCACACACAGACAAUACACAAKGGUACACAGAGAAGACACGCAGACACACAGACAACAGCUGCAGCGGCGGUUCUUUCAUGGCCGAGUAUCAAGACGACAAUGCCAACCAAGCGACGGCCCUGUUCGCCCACAGCCCCCUCCAGGACUACCCCAACACACCCUCUCCCUCCAUAGACUACUCAUCCAGCAGCUACAUGGACCUCAGUCUCUCCUCUGACUCGGAUUUGGAGCUCUUUGACAACUUCCCUACAGACUAUAGCUCAGCCCCUCUACACAACUCAUUCAAAGGCCACAAGCACCCUGACAACUUCCUUCAUCUGCAGGUGUUGAGUUCUGCAAAUGUCCCACAGUUCAACGAGACAGCUGGCACCUGCCUCCUGGAGUCUCUGAUUGGCUUAUCUGAACCAAUAGAAACUCCUUCAUUCACAGACAAUCAGUUAUUGGAGCAGGUAAUUCAGUGACCAAUGGGCUGAACUGUCAGGGUUCUGUGGGACCUGAUUGGCUCAUGGACAUUGAAAUGAGCCUAGAAGAACUUUAAUAUGUACAGUCUACAGUUUGUAUUUUAAUAAGAUAUUUGAAUGUACAGUAUGAGAUAUUUUAUUCAGAUUUAUUAAAUAUGAUGUUGUUGAAGAAGAGGCACAUUAUGGUUAUUCAUGAUUUAGACAAUAUUAUACAUGAGCAAAUAUCACAAAACCCUAAAUGUCAUCACUACAAGAUAUAACAUGUUUCAUGUUUCCUGAUGUUCACGUUUUUUUUAAUGUGCUUUCCAGCAGUUAUUUAUAAAUUAUUAUUCAUUAAAAAAAAAUAACAAUGGCUUAAUUAAUUUAUUUACUUGAAGUACAUUUUUUUUUAGCUGAGGGAUUGUAUUGCUGGAAUCACCAUGAGAGAACCGUGAGACAGACAGACAGACGUGAGACAUUCAUGAAUUUUAUGAAUUGUAUUCAUGUGAAGURUUGUUUCAAUCAAGACGGUGGCACAAUAUUCAGAAUUACAARAUCUAGCCGUUUAUUAUUAAUUGUAGUACUACUACUGUGUAUUGGCCUACAUGAAAUGAUUUAGCUAAAUGUAUCGCUAUUUAUUUGUGUCAAAACGCCAUAGUUUCAUGUAUUGGAGAUCCAUCUCUCUCCUCCAACAUAAGUAACUUAUUUUCUUUCUUCGUUUGGCUUAUUUGACAAACUGAAAAGUUAUUGCUUUGCAAAAAUAUCAARGGAAUCUGAUAUGUGCUCCGUGUAUUUAUAAGAAAGUUUUGCAUUGUCUGUCUUUUUAAGUUAUUUUUAAUGGAAAUAUAUUAGCAUUUACAAUGUGUUACUGAAUCUUGUAUUUUAAAGCAAAGUCAAAUCUUUUAUCAAUGAAUAAACAUAAAUCUUUGGGAACAA